AUGCAGACGGGGUUACAGCAACCAUUUCAGGUAGGGCUACAGCAAUCAUUGCAGGCGGGGCUGCAGCAAUCGUUGCAGGUGGGGCUACAGCAGCCAUUUCAGGCCAGGCCACAGCAAUCAUUACAGGAAAGGCCAGAGCAAUCAUUACAAGAAGGGCCACAGCAACUAUUUCAGGUCAGGCCACAACAGUCAUUGUGGGAGAGGUUACGGCAACCAUUUCAGGAGAGGCCACUGCAAUCAUUACAGGAAGGGCCACAGCAAUCAUUGCAGGAGAGGUCACGACAAUCAUCACAGGAGGGGUCACAACAAUCAUUACAAGAGAGGUCACGGCAACCAUUGCAGGAAAGGCCACUGUAUUCAUUACAGGAAGGGUCACAGCAAUCAUUGGAGGAGAGGUCACAACAGUCAUUGUGGGAGAGGUUACGGCAACCAUUUCAGGAGAGGCCACUGCAAUCAUUACAGGAAGGGCCACAGCAAUCAUUGCAGGAGAGGUCACAACAAUCAUCACAGGAGGGGUCACAACAAUCAUUACAAGAGAG